AUGUACAAGACGAACAGGUACGGGCUCGUGUUUGUGCCAUUCACAGGUAUAGACAAUCAUAAGAAAUGCGUGACAUUUGCAGCAGCACUGAUUGCAAGGGAAGAUGUAGAAUCGUACCGUUGGGCCCUUAACAAUUUCAAAAAGACAAUGGGUAGCACACCGGCUAUAACAGUAACGGAUCAAGACCCAGCUAUGAAGGUGGCGAUUGCGAAAGAGUUUCCCGAGACACGCCAUCGUUACUGCAUGUGGCAUAUAAUGACAAAGGUAGGUGAUAAAGUUAGUAGUGAGCUGGCGAAGAAUGAGGAGUUCCGGCGGGAGCUAAAUUCAGUGGUGUGGAACGACAGCUCGACGUCCGAAUAUUUUGAGAUUGCAUGGAACGGAGUUAUUGAAAAAAAGCAGCGAUUGAAACAGACUGAACUAAGCGCGGCUUGCAACGGCCACACCCCACCUCUGAAGACCCAACUCCGUAUAGAGCAAGAAACAGCAUCUUUGUAUACACUGACUGUGUUUUACGAGGUUCAAGAUGAAAUAUGUGCCGGAUGCUUUUCAUGCCGAGUCCGCACAAUCACCCAUGGUGAGACGGUGAAUACAUAUGUGGUUGAAGAUGAGUUUGGGGUGCGAAACACAAUCCAUGUCGAAAAUGGGAGCAUGACAACAACUUGCGCAUGCCGUAUGUACAAAAGGGUCGGGCUGCUAUGCAGGCAUGCUUUUGCAGUAUUCAUGGAUGAAAGGAUUGAUCACAUACCUCCGCAACAUAUCACCCCAAGAUGGACCCGAACCGCAAUACCAAAAACAACGGGUGAUAUCGGGAAUGAGGGUAGAGAGCAAGGCAAAUAUGCACCAACCGGGAACAAAGAGGAGAGUAAUGUAAUAAACAAAUUCUACGGGUGUUUAGGCAUGGCCCAAGGAAACGUGGUGAGAAUGCAAGAGAUCGAGCAUGUGCUGGAUGAGUUCAAAACGACCUGGGGUGAGGACGAAGAAGGACAUGGGGCUGCGAACAAAGGGAAACAAGAUAUUAUUGAGUCAUACUGUGGAAUUCCAGCACCUGAGACGGAUUCCUUUUAUGCUAUUAUGGCGAACUGA